GACAAGGUGGAACAGUGAAAAAGAGUAUAAACGAAAAACUAGCUUGGCAAACAUGGGGAAAAAGUAGGUUUAUUAUCGUCAGGCAUGUCUCUGUUAAGUGAUUCGCUAUCUUUUAUUUAAGCCCGUCUGUGAUCGAGCAGUUUAGUCUUAUCUUAAUUAGUCAGUGGUGUUGAGUUUUAUAGUUAACAACUAUGGCAGUACUUUUUCGCUCCCUAACGCUGGACAAUGAGACGAAAUCACCAGUAGAAACUACAGUAACAGGUACUGUGCCAGCUUGGUUGAAUGGUAGUCUUUACCGAAAUGGUGCUGGAGUAUUUGAAGUUGGCGAAACUAAGUUGAAUCACUUGUUUGAUGGUUUAGCUGCCAUUAGUCGCUAUGACAUCAAAGAUGGUCGGGUUUUAUAUAAGAACCGUAUAUUACGCAGCAAAACUUGGAAUGAUUCUGUGAAAGCCAACCGCCUCGUUUACAGCCAGUUUGGAAAAGUUGCUCUGCCAGAUCCUUGCAAAAGUAUUUUUUCCAGGUUUUUCUCCUACUUUAAAAUAGACGAAUUCACUGACAAUACAUCUGUGAAUGUUGUCAAACAUGGUGAUGCAUUCUUUACUAUGACAGAAGUUGACAAAGUCCUACAAAUUGACCCUGAUUCACUGGAUCCAGUUGACACAGUUAAACUAAACAAUUUAACUGCUGUCCACUCUGCCACUGCUCACCCGCUUAAGGACCAGAAUGGAACAAUAUACAACCUAGGAUCAAACUUCAAAAAUAAAAAUAUGGCCUACAACAUCAUAGCAAGUGAACCAAAUGACAACAAAGAUGCCAAGCCAUUUGAUAACCUCCGUAUUGUCGGAAGUGUGCCAUCAAGAUGGAAAUCUUAUUAUUCAUAUAGCCACAGUUUUGGAAUGUCAGAAAAUUACUUUAUCAUUCUGGAACAGAACUUAUGCUUCAACCUUUUCAAAGCUGCUUUUGCUAAGAUCUUAGGCAAUGCCUUCGUGGAGUGCUUAUCAGUGUUUGAUAAAGAGGAGGUCGUGUUUGAUGUUUUGCAAAAGGAAAAUGGAGAAAGGCUGAAAAUAGCGUACCGUGCAGAAAACAUGUUCUGCUUCCAUUUUAUAAACUGCUUUGAAGAGAAAGGUCAUUUAGUUGUUGAUUUAUGUGGUUAUAAUGAUUCAAACGUUGUUCAACGUCUUUAUGUAAGAAGUUUGGAAAAAAGCACAGAAAUUGAUGCAACUGCAUUUUUUAUGCGAUAUGUUCUCCCACUAGAUGUCAACAAAGAGACACCUGUUGGAACUAAUCUCGUAACUCUGGAAGGAAGUAAAGCUACAGCUGUCAAGAGAGCCAAUGGCAGCAUUUUCCUUACUUGUGAUUAUUUAAAUGAUGAUCCUUCAGUGUGGGAUCUAGUGAAGUUCCAUGCCUCUAACAGAAGCUCUCUUGAUAUAGAUGGACAGAAGUCCACAGUAUCAAAUUGGGUUACCAAAAUUGAUACUGUUAAACGAACCAAGAUUUUUCACAAGGAUCCAAAAGGGAAUAGUCUUGGAGAACCUGUGUUUGUUGCAACACCUGAUGCUAAAGAAGAAGAUGAUGGUGUAUUACUGAUUCCUGUAAUCAGCAUUGACAUUAACUCUCCUUGUUACUUGACUAUUUUGAAUGCAUCUACAAUGGAAGUCAUUGCUACAUGUGAAGUGCCUACCUCUACUGUGAUUCCAACAUCAUUCCAUGGGUUUUUUGACUCAUUGUAAUGUUAUCUAGCAGCUGGCUAUGACAAUCGUCUCCUUUAUCAUACUAUCACACUGUACUACUAUAUAAUGUUAUUACUUAUAAUGAUUAUCUCUUAAAACAAAUUCAUGAAAAAUAAUAUUACAGUUUGCAUAGUAAUUGAUUACUUAUUAUUCAAAGUCUUUCAAUGAUUUUUUGUUACUGGUUACAAAGCAUGUUUGCCCAUAUAUAUAUAUAAUUUCUGUAUUGCUUAAAACCUACACAUUAUUAUAUCGAAUAUAUACAUUAUUAUGGGGCUUAAAAGUGUGAAGGAUUGGCAGAAUAGUUUGAAUAUUGAACAAAAUGUCUUGCAGUAAUACUUCUGAGUUCAAAUCCCACCAAGGUCAGAUUUGUCUUUAUCCUUUUUGAGUUAAUAAAAUAAAGUACCAGUCAAGUACUGGAGGUUAAUGUAAUUGAAUCGCCCCUUCCUUUCAAAAUUUGUGGCCUUAUACCUGAAUUAGAAGCAAUUGUUAUGGUGUUUAAAAUAUAUUGUUAUAAAGAAAUAUAUAUAUCAUUAUAUAAUAGCUAAGUUGUUUAAAAUACUUCAUUAUACAUACAUAUACAUGAAUAAAUAUUAUUAUUUUUA